UGCUCGUUCUCUUGCUUCUCCGUGCUUGACUUGCACGUUCAGGACUUCAGGGCAUGGCUACGGCGCUGGGGAGGAAGGACCUCCUGGACGAGGCGCGCGCGCCGGGCUUCGCGGGGUGGGUGCGCGGCCUGCGCCGCCGCAUCCACCAGCACCCGGAGCUGGCCUUCCAGGAGCACCGCACGAGCGCGCUCGUGCGCGCCGAGCUCGACGCGAUCGGCAUCGCCUACGCCUGGCCCGUCGCCCGGACCGGCGUCGUCGCCACCAUCGCCGGCAGGGGCGGCGCCGGGAGCGGUCCGGUGUUCGCGCUCCGGGCAGACAUGGACGCGCUGCCCAUCCAGGAAAUGGUAGAAUGGGAAUUCAAGAGCCAGGAAGACGGCAAGAUGCAUGCGUGUGGGCAUGAUGCUCACGUGGCCAUGCUGCUCGGAGCUGCCAAGCUGCUUCAAUCCCGGAAGGACGAUCUCAAGGGCACGGUGAAGCUAGUCUUCCAGCCGGCGGAGGAGGGCCAUGCCGGCGGUUACCACGUGCUGCAGGAAGGCGUUCUCGACGACGUGGAUGCCAUCUUCGCCGUGCAUAUUGACCCGUGUCUGCCAGUGGGCACCGUCGGCUCCAGGCCCGGGCCGUUCCUCGCCGGAUCGGCUCGCUUCAGGGCGACCAUCGCCGGGAAGGGCGGCCAUGCUGCCGUGCCCCACGCCGCUGUUGACCCCGUGGUCGCCGCAUCCUCGGCCGUGCUCAGCCUCCAGCAGCUCGUUGCUCGCGAGAUCGAUCCUCUUGAGAGCGCGGUAGUGUCAGUGACCUUCAUCAAAGGUGGUUCGGCCUUCAAUGUCAUCCCGGAAUCCGUGACCUUGGGCGGCACCUGCAGGAGCAUGACGACACAAGGAUUAUCCUAUCUCAUGAAGAGAAUAAGAGAGGUGAUCGAGGGGCAGGCAGCGGUGGGGCGGUGCGCGGCGGCGGCGGACUUCAUGGAGGAGGAGCUCCGGCCGUACCCGGCCACGGUGAACGACGAAGCAGUGUACGCGCACGCCAAGUCAGUGGCGGAGGGCAUGCUGGGGGAAUGCAAUUUCAGGCUGUGCCCGCAGGUGAUGGCGGCGGAGGACUUUGGGUUCUACGCGGAGAAGAUCCCGGCCGCCUUCUUCAGCGUCGGCGUCCGGGGCGGCGAGGAUGAGGAGAUCAGCCACGUGCACACGCCGCACCUGGUCAUCCACGAGGACGUGCUCACCGUCGGCGCCGCCCUGCAUGCCGCCGUCGCGAUCGAGUUCCUCAACAAGCAUUGAUUCGUCAAUCAACUUGUGCCAGCCUCGAUCGAAUCUCCAAUGGUUCUGUCGCGGAAUGAUCAAUCCAGCGGACCGGCGUCCGGGUCACCUGCAUUCGUAUCCAAAUGUAAAUAAGCUUGCGCAAGAACACACUUGUUUUCC